AUGCACAGUGAAAAAUGUACUUUCUGUAAAAGUAAAUCUAAAAGUGGGCGGAAAGAAAAAACGCAAACUUAUAUCAGAAAAACAUUCAGCUUUUCUGACCCGCAUUCUGUACAACGGUCAGAAACUGAUUCUGAAACUGAAAGCGGCGAAGAUGAAUCUACCACUGCUUCAGCUGGUCCAUCUGCUGCUAAACGACUUCAUUUUCAUGAUGUAGGUAGUAGUUCUGAAGAACAAAUUAACUGUUUAAUAACUAGUAUUGACUUGGUAGAAAUAAAUGAAAAAGCUUUAGCUGAAAUCUUUCAGUGCAGUGUAUGCAAAGGUGUACCUACAAAUCCAAGUGUUACACGUUGCUCCCAUAUUUUUUGCAGGUCGUGCAUUCUUGCAUGGUUGACAACUGCUAAUGUCUGUCCAGUAUGUAGGUGUUACAUAACAGCGGAGGAUGUUGUACCUUUGACAGGUCAACUGCUAUUACUAUAUGAAACCAUGACAGUGACAUGUAAAUAUACCGGCUGUUCCUGUAUUUCAAACAUAAACACAUUCAAAAACCACGAAGAAGUGUGUAGGUUUGGUAAAUACCCAGCUCUUUUCCCCAGCUCUUCUAAAAGUGCGACUGCUGUUCCGAAAAUACCCAUUUAUGACUGUUCUAAUAAGUAUUUAAAACAGAGACGCCUUAAAGGUUUAAAUGAUUUGGUAACAACAUUUUGUCAAACAAAUAAAGAGGAUAAAGGCGACGCACUGUUUUUCAUGUUACAACAGCAUUUGAAAGACAGUAAUGACGUCCGAUUUAAUGACAUAAAUGAUAUAUGGAAAUCAACUGAUUCGAAACUGACCCCAAGCCAGUGCCUUGCUUUGAGAGUCGAUACGCUUCAAAGUAAAACUCAAUAUAAAGCCCAAUACAAUUUCUUGAAGAAAAAUGUUCGCAAUCCUUUACAACCUCCAAGUGUUAUCGACGAUGUAGAACUGUUAUACACACCAAGUUCAACGCGUUAUAGCAUCGAAGGGUUCGAUUUCACGGACAACUACUAUCACACACCAGCAAAGGCAGUAUAUAAAACAGACUACGCAUGUAAAUAUACUUCAUUUGAGCCACUUGAUGUUUUGCAAGACUUUGAUCGAUUACUGCCAGAAUUUGCAUCGCCUAACAUAAAAGGUGUUCGAUGGUGCUACCCUGAUGCGAUAGCUGGUACUUUGAAAGAGCUUGAACCGAAAAUUGUAUCUGGUCUUAAGAAAAAUAAUAUUGACCCAAACGAUCUUAAAAUUUUAUUGAUAACAAACAUUAAAGAUGGUGGUGAUGGUCUCGGUGACGUGUCAAUUCAUAAGGAAUUAUCCGACCGGUUCUUGCCUGACAAAGCAUUUAGAUUUUCUUUCUGUAUUUUUAAAAUUGAGGCUGCGGUUGGCGACAAUGAACCAGUUGAAAUUUUCCUAGAGGAAAAGCCAAAUUCUGUUAGAACUAAUCGGCCUAGGUUAGAAGCAAUAUGCGACGAAAACAAUAGAGCUUCAAGCUUGGCGUGUCUUUUGCCGAUUGAAAAUGAAAGGUCCUUCAUGAAAGAUAAAAUAAUGAGAGUACAACAUACUAAUGGAUGGCGAAGACAUUGUCUAAAAUUUUUUAAUAGUAUGAUUGACGAAAAGUUGGACAGGAAAGAGAGCGGUGUAUAUAUAUAA